AUGACUGUAUCUGUGGUCAGUGUGCUGUUUCUUCUGACAGGUUUCUUGGCAGUAAGGAAGAUCAGUGCAGAGGUGUUCCCCCUAAACAUGGCUGAAAACUCUGUGGAUGACUUCUUUGAAAACUGUAGCAGAGCAAUGCUAGAGUUAGUGGAGUCAAAAUACACCAAAUAUGAAAAAGAGCAUACUCCUGGUUUCAAAAAUGCCUGGAAGGUUUCACUUAGUAAAGCUAAAAAUGGUCAGCUUGAGAAAAAACAAGCAGCUGCUAUUUACAUGUACACACGAGACCCAAACUGUAGUGUAGACUGCACUUACAGAGAAUUCAACAAAGCCACUCGUGACGGGAAACAAGAAUACAAAUCAGGACGCUUCCAGUUUUAUACUCUGUUUUUCUAUCUGACUGUAGCUAUACAGCAACUCAAACCAAAUCCACAAGAGUGUGUGACCGUAUAUCGCAGAACUAAUGUUACCUUUAAAACAGACGUUCAUAACCAUACAAUGCGAUUUGGGACUUUUACCUCCACUUCUCAUCUGAAGAAUUUGACUGAUUUUGGUGAGGAGUCCUGUUUUGAAGUUUACACGUGUUACGGAGCUGAUAUUGAACAAUACUCUGCAUUAACAUAUCAGAAGGAGGUGCUAAUCCCCCCAUACGAGAUAUUUCAUGUAACAGCUAUUGAACAAAACACCUGGUGUAAAGUGGUUUAUACACUCAAAAGUGAUGGUAUGAUGAGUAGCCUUAACUGUGAAAAAGUCAUCAGCAGUUCAGCAGCAGCAGAACCAUCAUUUUUUAUAGCAGUCCUACUGUUUACUGCUGUGUGGGUUAAUAAAUAAGCAACAAUAAACAGAAUAUAAACUGAUAAGGUAUAUAGAUUUGGAAGGAGAUAAACCACAGUAAUUACUACAGUAAAUAGGGCU